GCGGCAUCAUGUUUGGCCACAUGGGUUUGCGAAGGAAGUGAAAAUUAAAGGCAAGCAUGGGCAAAAAGACUCAAAAUAAAGCCUUCGAAUCUUCUGAUGCACAGAAGAAGGAAAUAAUUAAAAGUAAAAAGAAGCUAAAGAAACAUGCGAGACCUGGAGCAGAAGAACAUCUGGAACAUAUACCUUUCCGUCUGCGUGAAAUUAUGAAAAGCAAAGAGAAAAUGAAAAUGGGAUCCAGAAAACUGAAGAGAAUGAUGAGAGCUGCAAAGUCCACGCAGGAGGAACCAGCCCAUGACCUGGACGAUAUUCCAGUUCCGCACUUUCGUAGAGGAAAGAAGGAGACUGUGCCAGCUUAUCUGCACCGCAUGGAGCGAGAAACACAACAUGUUCUUUUCCUCACCAAGAACCAGAGAGAGCGACAGCCCGAGCUACAGCUGCAGGAGAACGAAACAAAGUCAAAGCACAAGUCUGAAAAAAAGAAAAAGUUUGACCAAGGGAGAUUGCAGCGGCUUCAGAAGAAAAAGCUUGAGAAACGGGAAGAGAGAGCAGAGAAGGAGAUGUUUGUAGAUGAAAUACAAUUUGGAGAGGUUGCCAUGGCACCUCCAUCACUCACUACCAAACCAAAGAAGGCCGCAGAGAAAUUGCAGGGGGCAUCCACAGGUCUACUUCUGAGUUCUAUGCUUGGUCACAGUGUGGUUUCAACAUCCAAGCCCUCUAUGGCGAGGCAGAGGAUGAUGGAAGAAGAGCGUGAGAGGGUGGUGCAGGCCUACCGCCACCUGAAGAUGCAGAAACAGGAGCAACAGGAGAGGCAGAAGACGGGCUUAAACAGACUACGGCAUCCCCAGUGAGCUCCUCAGGAACACUUCAAAAUACUCUGCUGCCUGCAAGAUACGGCAGAGGAGAGAAGAUCAUUAUCUCUUCAUAAUGUUCAUAAUGUUUAAGAUGAUGGGAGGUCAGUGAUCUGUGAAGAUAAAGUAACCCACAUGCCUGUAGGUUCUGGAUUUAAGAUGAUGCGAAGUCAGUGAUGUGUGAAGAUAAGCAGCCCACAGGCCUGGAGGCCAGCUGUAUGAGCAGAGAAGACUACAUGACAUACAGGCUUAAAUUUUUUUAUGGAGAAGAAAAUGUGUAAAAAUAACAGUAGUAAAAAAUAAUCCACUCAACUACACAAGUGGAGGUAAAUAAACUUUACACUGAAAUAAACUCAGAAAGGCUCAGACCUAAUAAAAAUUA